UCUUGUACGCGAUAGGGACGCCAUCGAUAGGGGGAAUUUGGUACUUAACCCUAAUAAUUAUUAUACUAAAAUAAGAAAUUAAAAAAAUAGAAAAAAAAUCAUGCAGGCAUAUUGAUAAAUGUCUGUAUCCGUCAAGAAUGUAUAUUAAUCAUACCCAAAUAAUUUAAAUAAUCCACGAAUGUAUGUCGAUAAAUGUUCGUACCACCCGUCUAAAAUGUAUAUACUCGUACUCAGUCUCAAAUUUGAUUAAUGACCGCAACCCGUUUAAUUUUAUAAAUAUAAAUUGUUACAAAUUUAUAUAUUUAUAUCCAGUUAUAAUUUAUAUACUCGUCCCAAAUUUCAUGUCAAAUUCAAUUAAAAAAUGAAUCUUCUGUUCAUUCAUAUUUCAAUAACGUAUAGUAAUAUCCAUUAUUUAAAUAAUAUCAUUUAUUAUAUUGUUAUGAUAUAAUAAUUUUACAACUUGUUCGUGUCCCGAACCUGUAUAUAAUAUCCGCUAAUUAUUAAAACCCGUCUAUAAUAUAUCUAUAGAUGCUUGAAUUCUACUUAUUUAAUAAACACUAGUAUACGCUCAUUCGUGCCAUGCACGAUGGACAUCAAAAUUAAACAACAAAUUCAAAUAAAUAAUUAAAUAAAUAAAAAUAAUAAAAAUCAAAAAUACAAAAUAUGUUUUAAAAUUAAAAUAUAAUAAUUCACAUCAAUUACUCAAUAAAAUUCAGAAUUAAAAAAUAUAAAUUUCUAAUUUAUACAAAGUGUAUUGAUAUUAUAGUUAUUAAAUAAAUUUAAAAAUUAUUCGAUAAUGAGAAUUUUCAUUAUGCAUAUUAUUAUAUAGUAUUAUUAAUCAUAAUAAAUAUGUUCAUACAUAAACAUAAAUAAAAAGUUGUACUAUAUUUUUAAUGAAGAGACAGAAAAUAAAAUAUCUUAAUUUUUCAUAACUUAUUCAUUUUAAAUUAAUUUUUGAUGAUUUUUAUACUAUAUUAAAUUUAAGAUACAUAUUGAUUAUUUUUUCAUGAAUCAAAUUUGAUGACAUUUAUAAAAUAAUUAAAUUAUUAAAAAAAUAGUGAAAAAAUUGAUGGAAUGAGAGAGAGAAAAAGAGAGAAAAAUUAGAGAGAAAAAACUCCUCUUUUAUAUAUUAAAUUAUAUUUUCACUUCCUUUAAGUGAAUUAAAAGAAGGAAAAGUUGUGAAUUUCUCUUUUGUGUAAAAUGUAGAAAAAGAAAAAAGACAUUUAAAGACAUAAAUUUUUAUUAUCCCUUAUUUUCUCAUAACAAGUUUAUCCAUCAAAAUAAACGCAUCCUAACAAAACAUUUUUUUUGUUUGAGGAAAUUAAGAUAAUAUUAUCUCCAUCCAUCAAGAGUUUAACAUAUUGGAUUGAAUAUGAGUUCUAAUAAAAAUUUGAUAGAUAUUUUCCAGUGGAAAAUGAAUUUUAACAUAUUGAAUAAUGAGUUAUUGAAAUAAAAUUAUAAGGAAUGUGAGGUAUGAGGUGAUUUUUUGGUAAAUAAAAAAAUAUUAUAAAAAUAAUGUGUAAAAUUAUAUCCUAAGUGCUACAUAAAUAUCAAAUAAGUCAACUAUACUACAUUUUUAAUGAAUAACAUCUUAAGUAGAGUUAGUUGGGAAUUUAAAUGAAUCGGGUAUACACGUGUACCAAAUUUACCAAAUUUUUGGACAAUUUGAUUCGCGAGGUUUUACGAAACCCCUCUCUCUUCUACGCUCUAUAAAUUAAUGGCGGCGCUUUCCAUUAAUUCCUUUCUUCUUCUUCUUCUUCUUCUCCAAAAACCUUGCGUGCCGGAGCUCAGCCUCGCCGGGGCUCUUCGAUUCUUAAAUUGUUGCCGCGAAAAUGGGGCACGCAGCAAUGAUGUCGGAGUUCCUCCGCCAAUGCGGCGGCGUGGCCGUGAUCGACGGCGGUUUCGCGACGGAGCUCGAACGCCACGGCGCAGAUCUCAACGACCCUCUUUGGAGCGCCAAAUGCCUCCUUACCUCCCCCGAACUCAUCCGCAGAGUACACCUUGACUACCUUGAAGCAGGUGCAGAUAUAAUACUUACCGCUUCUUAUCAGGCAACUAUACAAGGAUUUCAGAACAAAGGUUAUUCAUUGGAACAAGGUGAGAAUAUGCUCAGAAAGAGUGUGGAACUUGCACGUGAGGCACGCGACAUAUACUACACUAGGUGUCACCAAGCUUCAACUAAAGAUACUUCCGAUGAUAAAAUUCUCAAGCAGCGUCAAAUACUGGUUGCAGCAUCUGUUGGAAGUUACGGGGCCUACCUAGCUGAUGGAUCAGAAUAUAGCGGUGACUAUGGAGAUGCUAUGAAUUUGGAGUUCUUAAAGGAUUUUCAUCGAAGGAGGGUCAAGGUUCUUGCAGAUGCUGGCCCUGAUCUUAUAGCCUUUGAAACAGUACCCAACAGGCUGGAAGCUCAGGCAUUUGCUAUGCUUCUCGAGGAAGAGAAUAUUAAUAUUCCUGCAUGGCUGUCCUUCAAUUCUAAGGAUGGAGUGAAUGUGGUUAGUGGUGAUUCUUUCACCGAAUGUGUCGCUAUUGCUGAAUCAUCCAACAAAGUUGUUGCAGUUGGAAUUAACUGCACCCCGCCCAGAUUCAUCAGGGAUCUGGUUUUAUCCAUCAAGAAGGCGACAGCUAAACCAAUACUUAUUUACCCAAAUAGCGGUGAGAGUUAUGAUGCUGAUCAGAAGGAGUGGGUGCAACAUACAGGAGUCUCAGACAAAGAUUUCGUUUCGUAUGUAAACAAAUGGUGUGAAGCAGGAGCUUCGCUUGUAGGAGGUUGCUGCCGUACUACUCCCCACACCAUCAGAUCAAUCUACGAAACCCUCUCGUCUAGAUCUGUUGAUCCAUCUUUAGUAUCGAAGGCGCCUCAACUCCAACCCAGUGAAGGUUAGCAGAGUGGGGAAGAAGAGGCUCAGUUUGCAACUGAACUUUUGGAAUCGAAGUUUUGUUAUUUUUUUUAAUGUCUGGAAACUGAUGAGUGGCAAGUUUAGUCACUUGUAUCAUAUUAUUAAGAUAACUUUUUGAAAGAUUUCUGUAUUGUGUUUUUGUUUUCCCCUUUUCAGGCUCAAAGUAAUUUCCCUUCUUUUCA